AUUGGGUGUUGGCAGUUUUGGACAUGAAAACAUAUACUUGCUAUUAUCUGGAUUCUAUAAGGAAUGGCACAAUCAAUCCGAUGUUGAGGCAAAUUAUUGAUGCGGCAAUGGCCUUGCAUGCUAUACAAAAUGUCAACUGGGUUAAGGCUAAAUGUCCAUAUCAGACGGGAGGUACUGAAUGUGGCUAUUAUGUGUUGAAGUUCAUGAAAGAGGUGGUUGAAGAAGGAAUUGAAAUACUAGCCAAUGACAACGUUCUUUAAUAUUUUUCUCAGGUUGGGGAAGGAAAAGAGGUAUACACGGAUGAGGAUAUUGAUGGAAUACGUGAAGGGUGUUCGAGUUAUGGGGCAACGUUUGUUUUCAAGUGACUAUUUUAGAUGUUGAAGUAUGUACGGCAAAUAGUAUUUUUUUUUUGUUAACUUAAGAUAUUUGAAUUAUAUUUGACAUAUGACUAUGAAAUGAAUUGCUUUGGUUUUUGUGUA